UUGAUCAUGGCGUCAGGGGAUAUGAAUAAUACAUACGUGUUUGUUUAGCGCAGUAUAUUCUUGUAUGAAAAGUUUGUAAUUGUCUUGUAUUCAAUGAAUCGAGAAGGUCUUGACAUUUGAUCAACUAAUUUUACAUCUAAAUUUGAUCAACUUAUUUUCAUAAGCAAAAAUGGAUCAAGAUAGUUAUUCAGUGACGUGUUCCGUUACAAUCGAAAGGACUAACUCACAAGGUUCAAUUUUGAAGAAAACAAAUCAUCGAACAGUAACUUUACGUUUAAUUAGAAAUAAUCUUCGUGAAAUUUUUAUCGAAAUACGUGCAGAAAAGGGAAGUUUACUGACGAAGUUAUUGCUGAGAUCUAUAUCUGUUUUCAAUAAGUUUAUGACUGAAGGUAAAGCUUCGAUCAAGUUUAAAGAAGAAAAUUGUACAUUGUUUUUAUCCAACGCACCGACAUCGCAGUUAAUUAAUUUUUUGAAAACAUUAUACAUUAAGGUGUCAAGUCAGUCGGAUCAAAUAGUAAAAAAUCCAUUAAAAGAGAGGUUACUUUCUAAUAAGCUCGGUCAUCAUGAAGAAAUUAGUCCUGUUACAAGUACUGAAAUAAAUAAAGCUAAAGAAAAGGCUAUUGCUGUAUCGCGUGCAACGAUUACGACACCAUCCCCUAGCGCUGCUAAAAAAAGAAAACGGUCGGAUGAAAGUGCACUGAAAUUGUCUACUGCGAAAAAACUGUAUGAAAAUCCAAUUGUAGGACAAAUUACGGAAGAACAAAGUAAAGUUUUAAAUGCGGUACUUAGUGGUAAAAAUGUGUUUUUUACUGGCAGUGCAGGUACUGGAAAAUCGUUUUUAUUGAAAAAAAUAAUAGCGGCCCUCCCACCUGAUGUCACGAUGGCUACAGCAAGCACAGGAGUAGCGGCAUGUCACAUAGGUGGAAUAACUUUGCAUCAAUUCGCAGGAAUCGGACUAGGAACUGCUAAUUUAGAUAGAUGCUUUCAAAUGGCUUCUCGCAAUUCUGCUGCUAUUUCAUGGAGAAAAACAAAACAUCUCAUUAUAGAUGAAAUUUCUAUGGUAGAUGGAGACUAUUUUGAUAAGAUUGAAGCUGUAGCUAGACAUAUUCGUAGAAACGAAAGACCAUUUGGUGGAAUACAAUUGAUAUUGUGCGGGGAUUUUUUUCAAUUACCACCAGUUUCAAAAGAAAACAAAGCUAAGUUUUGUUUUCAAAGUAGCGCAUGGAAAAAAUGUGUACAUUUUAAUUAUGAAUUACAAACUGUUCAUAGGCAAACGGAUCCUGAAUUUAUUAAGAUUUUAAAUAAUAUUAGGAUAGGUAGAGUGACGGAUGACACUGCAGAAAAACUUAAAGCAACAGCUAAACAAAAAAUAGAAAGUAAUGGCAUUUUAGCAACCAGACUUUGUUCUCAUGUUAAUGAAGCUGAAGAAAUUAAUCAAUUUCAACUGGAUGAGUUGAAGGAUGAAUCAAAAACUUAUAUGGCCCAAGACUCUGAUUCAGCAAUGACUGCCACAUUGAAUCAGCAAUUGGCUGUUCCUGAUAAAUUAGUGUUAAAAAUAGGUGCUCAAGUAAUGCUGUUAAAAAAUAUAAAUGUCGCUAAUGGUUUAGUGAAUGGUGCAAGGGGGGUAGUUAUUAAAUUUGUAGAGAAUAUACCUGUAGUUCAGUUUAAAUCUGGUGUUCAAUAUCAUGCAAAGCUAGAGAAAUGGAAUUUAAAAACAAGUACUGGAAGCAUUGUUCAUAGGAUACAAGUUCCAUUAAAAUUAGCAUGGGCUUUUUCCAUUCAUAAAAGUCAAGGUUUAACUUUGGAUUGUGUUGAAAUGUGUCUUGCAAGAGUCUUUGAUGCUGGCCAGUCGUAUGUAGCCCUUUCGCGGGCACAAAGUUUGCAAUCUUUAAGAGUUUUAGAUUUUAAUAAACAACAAGUAUGGGCUCAUUCAGAUGUUCUUUUGUUUUAUAAAAAAUUUAGGAGAAAUAUACAAGAAAUGGAAAUGAUUCCUCUAGGAAAGAAGCAAAAGAUAUGAUUCGGUUAUUUAAGAUAUCCAGACAAUUAGAAGAGUGUUAUAUUCUGUUUCUGAU